AUGGAUCUCCUUGCUGUAGUUGAUGGCUUUGCCUCCACUUCACCAGAUCCAAGAGCCCUGCCUGCUGCCUCUGAUCACCCCCCUUCUCUCCCCCAUCGCCCAGAUAAGGGAAAGGCGCGAGCUUGCGAUGACUCGGACGACGAUUCCCAAAAACUCCAAUUCUCUCUCGCAGAGUCUAGCCGCUCUGCUCACUCUCGACCCGCAUGGAGCAGCAGCACCUCUCAUCAUCCUGCCGCCACGUCAGCAGAUCCAUCGCAUCGCAACGCCAAAGGCAAAUCAAGGCUUAUUCCCAGCGACUCCGAGACCAACUACUGGAUCGCUUCUCCCAUAUCUCAGAUGGACGAUCGCGCAACCGCAUCCAGCUCUACAAGCCACUCUCGCUAUGAGCGCCCCUCCUUGAUCACCGCAGAUUCACAAUGUGCGCCCUAUGAAGAGCUCUCCCUGAAGCGCUCUAUUCGUGAGAUGGCUUCAUCUCCCUCGAGCUCACCUCGUCAUCAAUCCCACCUGCUGCCUGCAGAGGAUGCCAGCGGUUCAUCAUCUGCGCUCGGCUCGCCAAACAACUCUUUUGAUGUAUCACUUAACCCAGCUAUGCAGUCCUCCUCGCACUCAGGUUAUGCUCUACCCAGCACAGCAAAUAAGAAACGGCGGUCUUUUCGUCGUCAUAAUUCCGACCACCAAUCGCUUGCACAUGGCAGCGAGCCGCCAGCUGCAAGCUCCAGCACCGUCGUUAUGCCACGCAUUCAUACACCAGUGCAAGUCGAGCCGCACGCCCAUCGUACUUCCUUACUUGUCAACAGCAGCACUCGUGACAUCCAUCCCCUCGCACCAGGCGCUGCCCUUUGCCUUUCUCCCGAACCAUUGGAUAGUGCGGCUCGUUCAGAUCACUCGAGAGCUGAUCUCUCACAUCGUCGAACAGCUUUCCUGGAUAGCGCGAGAGCUCAACGCUCCAGCAGCUUGAUUCGCCGUCGCAGGGCGUUCUACAUUCGCGAUAACGACCUUCUGCGCAACGACCCGCCCCAACACAGCCAAGCAUUAGUGGAUCGCCCCUCCAGCAGCACAUCCGAUACCUUUAUGGCCGAAUUCACCAGGGCGGUCGAUUUGCGGCUCAGUUCUCGAGCCGAAAGCACACAUGACAGCCGCUUGUCUCCGAACGCAGCCAAUGCUCUUCGUACAGAACACCUGCAUUCCUCUCGCGACCAAGCCUUGCAACCUACUGCACCGCAGUUGCCCUACGUACGCACCGCUUCUCCCCUCACUCUCUCAUUUGCGGCAGACGAAGCGAAUGGCUUGGGCCACAAUGCUCCUCGCCCACUCGCAUCGCAAAACCUGCGCAGACGCAUCCCCGCACCAUUCUCUGAUCGGUCUUUGUCCAGCCUUGAAUUCUCUGCGAGUACAGCGUUGUCUCGGAGUAUAGCGUUGUCUUGGAGCACACUGCCUUGCCCACAUCUCUCGCAGUCGCCCUCCACAUAUCUGUCCGAGAGGUCGCCCGAUGCUUCUCCGACCGCUCAAGCCUCCUCGCAUCGCUAUCCGUCGUCUCACAGAGAAGACGCCGGCCGCACAACAGAGACGCGUCGUCAUGAGCCCCCACUUGCCGCUGCUACGAUGGCCCCAGAGCGGCCCGAAAGUUGGCGCCAACCCUUCCGUCUCCGAGUCAGUGCGCAGACUCGUGAGCACGCCGCAGUGGACGACUUUGGUGCCGUGCAGCGCCCCUUCGGACUUAGAGGCAGCCGAUCUUCACGGAGCAUCUUUAGGACUAGGGUCGAAGCGGAUUCUCGACCAGAUUCAAACACGACGAACCAAGCCGAGUCACUACGCAACAACAGCUCGCGAGCCGAUGCGCGUCGAUCCGAAGAGGCCCACAAUCAGCCCCACAUUUCUGCCUCGCUAAGAUCGCAAUUCGCCCUUCGCAUGGCGUCAGAGCUCGCAGAGCCAAACGUCUCGACCGCCCAGGCGCGCUUCGAUCCGUUUGGCGCGAGCCCACGUCUGGACGCCAGACAGACGAGCGGAUUCGAAAGCGCUCGCGGCCGUCUGUCGAGCUCGUUGAGUCGAGAAAGGUAUGAGAACGAAUCUGCGCUCGAGUACCUCGGUCGGCUGAUGACCCACGAUACCAUGCUCGAUGAGGGGGUGGAUGGCGAUGUGCGCGAUCCACUCUUGCGCAUGGCGUUCGAGUCCGAGGCGUCGCACUCGCACGCUCUUCCGCGACUGUUUGAGCCCACGCCCGCGUCAAGCUCGAAUACGUUUGGCCAUCCACCGCAUCUCUCGCUUGAUGCACGCAAUUUCAUCGCCGAUGAAGACUGGGCCGAGCUGAAUUCUUACGAGGGAUUGACGCAGCUCAGCGAACGACUGGGAGCUGCCGAAAUAUGUGUGCCGCAGAGCCUCAUCGAUACGCUGCCCACGUGCGAGUACGGCAAGUGGGACGGCGGUUCAUGCCGACAACGAGAUGCAUCUUGUGCUUCACCUCUUCUGGUAGGAAAGGGCAAAGGCAAACAAAAGGUUGAGCGCGCUUGGACUGCGCGAGACACCAUGUGCCCGAUUUGCCGCGAAGACUAUCUGGAUUCGGACAUGCUUAUGAGCAUCAACAAGUGCUGCCAUGCGUUCCAUGCGGAUUGUAUCCGGACAUGGUUCAAAACUGCCAAGACUUGUCCGCUCUGUCGAGCCGAUGCGUUCGACCAGAUCAGCCUCGGCCUGCCCGCUCUGACGUUCGAGUCGUCAUCGACGCUGGCUUUCGACGUCGAGCACCGCUGGGUACAGUGA